UAUAUUUAUCUUUCUGUUCUCUUACUUUCCAAGCUUCGUGGCAUAGUUUUGAUAAGCUCCAAUGGCAACCUCACAAGUCACUGCAUCAUUGAGGAAUUUGUCUACAUUUGAAAGAUUUCAACCCAAAACAACACUUCGAUUUCAUUCCGUUGAGCACGUGAGAAUUGGCACUCUCACGCAAAACUCGUUUCCCUCUCUCGUUGUCAAAGCUGCCACUGUUGUCGCCCCCAAGCACACCACUGUUAGCCCUCUGGGUGACAGAGUACUGGUAAAAAUUAAGGAUGCUGAGGAGAAGACUGCAGGUGGGAUUUUACUGCCAGCAACUGCUCAAAGCAAACCUCAAGGGGGUGAAGUGGUUGCUGUUGGAGAAGGAAAGUCGGUUGGGAAGAACAAAGUGGAUAUUAGUGUAAAGACUGGUGCAGAAGUUGUGUAUUCAAAGUAUGCAGGGACUGAGGUGGAGUUCAAUGAUUCAAAACAUCUUAUACUGAAGGACGAUGACAUCAUUGGUAUCCUUGAAACUGAUGAGGUCAAGGAUCUUAAACCCUUGAACGAUAGGGUCUUGAUAAAGGUUGCUGAUGCUGAGGAAAAAACUGCUGGAGGUUUGUUGCUUACAGAGGCAACCAAGGAGAAACCAUCUAUUGGAACGGUGAUAGCAGUUGGUCCGGGACCUCUGGACGAGGAAGGUAACAGAAAACCAUUGUCCAUCGUACCUGGGAAUACUGUUCUGUACUCCAAAUAUGCUGGGAAUGACUUCAAGGGCAAAGAUGAUUCUAACUACAUUGCUUUGAGGGCUUCAGAAGUCAUGGCUAUCUUAUCCUAGUAACAAAUUUUGCAACCUCAAUUUUGUGUUAAUGUUGAAGAAAAGGAUAUUUGUGCCAUGACUGCAUGGAAUGUAGGUGGUUGCAACUCUGUUCCUUUAGACUGUUUGAAUUAAAAUUAAAAUUGGAAGACUUGAUAUGUAUUAUUCUU